UGCGCAGCGCCGCCGCGUUUCUCCCCCUCCACCCGGAGGUGACGCCACCGUUCCUGCCGCCGCGCUUGCGGGGGCGUCACUUCCGCAAACAGGAUGGCGGAGGGCUGGGCCGGGUUUCCAUUCUGAUCGAAGGACAAGGAGACUAACCUGUUAAAAAUGGCUGAUUUAACCAAGACAGAAGAAGAGGAAGUAGAGAAGAGUUUGGAUGAAGAAGUGGAGGAAACACCUCGUACUUUAGAGGCAGAUUCAGGUAUAGGUUGCGAAGGCAAUAGCUCAGCUUCAGGUACAGUGCACUCCACUGAAAAUGAAAAAGAAGUUGACACUGGUAAUCAGGAUGGCAGACCAAAAAGGAAGAAUUUAGAUCCUGAAGAUGAACCUCCUAAGAAAGUGCGUGAGGUAGGCCAUGGGCAAACUGUAGCUGCACAUUAUAAUGAACUUCAAGAAGUUGGAUUGGAAAAACGUAGCCAGUCUCGCAUAUUCUACCUCCGAAACUUUAAUAAUUGGACAAAGAGUGUCCUCAUUGGUGAAUUUAUAGACCGGCUACGACGGAAAAAGAGUGAUAUAACUGUAUUGGACCUAGGAUGUGGCAAAGGUGGAGACUUACUGAAGUGGAAAAAAGGCAGAAUUAAAAAACUUGUCUGUACUGAUAUUGCUGACAUUUCUGUGCAACAGUGCAAGCAGCGAUAUGAAGACAUGAAAGCCCGAUGUCGUUAUAAUGAACAUAUUUUUGAUGCAGAAUUUAUACAAGCAGAUAGUACCAAGGAUCUCUUGUCUUCCAAAUACAAUGAUCCAGAUAUGCGCUUUGACAUUUGCAGCUGUCAAUUUGUUUACCAUUACUCAUUUGAGACAUAUGAGCAGGCUGAUAUGAUGCUUAAAAACGCUUGUGGGAACCUCUCUCCUGGAGGGUAUUUCAUUGGCACAACUCCAAAUAGCUUUGAACUUGUAAAGCGACUUGAAGCUUCAGAAACAAAUUCAUUUGGGAAUGAGGUGUACAACGUAAAAUUUGAAAAGAAGGGAGAAUAUCCCUUGUUUGGCUGCAAGUACGAUUUCCACUUGGAAGAAGUGGUUGAUGUCCCCGAGUUCUUGGUUUACUUUCCAUUACUGGAAGAAAUGGCGAAGAAGCAUGGUAUGAAAUUAGUCUACAAAAUGACAUUUCGGGAAUUCUAUGAAGAAAAAAUCAAGAACGAGGAGCAUAAAAUGCUGUUAAGGAGAAUGCAGGCCUUGGAGCCAUAUUCUACAUUUGGUGAUUCCAGGCUUGUUUCUGAUAAACCUGAUGAUUAUGAGCACGCAAAAGAGUUCGUCAAAGAUGGCAAAGCGAAGUUGCCAUUGGGAACCUUGAGUAAAUCUGAAUGGGAAGCAACAAGUAUUUACUUGGUAUUUGCAUUUGAGAAGCAACUGUGAAACUUCACAUACUGGGUGCAGCAAGAAGAGAUCAUAUCCAUGUGCAAGUUGGAAUGGUCAGAAAUCCAUUGUGGCAACUAUUUUUUUAUUUUUUAUUUUUUAAUUAUCAGAAGUGUGCAGGACACUACCGAAAACUAGAGCAAGCUCAUGAAUCUGAGUUACAUUGCCUGUCUGUGACAGAUGGACUUGUGUGUGUAUAUAUAAGAAAGAUUCUGAACCAGUCUUUUUAAGCAUUUGUAAGCAAUCUGCAUGCUCUCAAAACUCAUGUUUGAACUUGACACAACUUUAUGUUAGAAAUAAAUGUUUUGUUAGCAGAAGUAUGUUUGUGAUUACAAGCCUGACCCUGCACUUCCUGAAAUUGAUGGAAAAAGGACUGUUGACUUUGAUGGUGCAGAAUGAGGGCCUAAAUAUUGUACUGCAAGAGCUCAGUAUAUUCAGACAUAUGGGGUAUGUCUACAUUGCAUGCAGAGCUAAGUGGCAAAUAAUACCCGAGUCAGUUUGAGUACCUCUGUGCUGUGCUCAGGCCUGCAGUGUAAAUCUACCUUAGUGGUAUUCAAUUUGUAGUUUAUGUGGUAAAGUCCCACAGUGUUCCUGUUUUUCGUGCUUGCUGAUAUGUAGUGUCACUUCAUGGUGCUUUCAAGAUUAAACGAGUUUGUUCUGUACAAAACUGCUCUGAAAUAAGUGAAUUUCUAAAGUUUUAAGUCUCUAUGUUGUUUUUCCAAAUAUGACUAUAUGAUAACCAAUAACAGCUGCUGAACUUAGAUUACUGAGUAUUUUCUGUUGUACUAAAGACUCUCCUGAAUUUUUGGUAGUUUUAAUGUUUCCUGAAACAUAUUAGACAGAUCUUAGACUGUGCUUCUUGUGUCAUAAAAUUCCAAAUGGGCUUGGCAGAAGGAUGAGCUAUUAGUGGUGAUGGAGAACUCAUUGCAGUCCUUAAGGCAUUAGGAACACAGUAACAUGCUGGAUCAUGAACCAGAAGGAGAGCCUGUGUAACGUUUGAGGAUACUAGAAGUUCACUCUGGGAUGGAGGGCUGUGAAUGUGUGUACGCACCCCAGUACGUGUGGAUAGCAAUCCCCAAAUUAGAGCCCAAUACUUUGUGAGUAGAAUCCAAUGAUAUCAAUAGACAGAAGUCUGCCUAACUACCAUCUUAACUGCCCGUCAGUCUCUUAGAGCUGGAUUUAGGGAUUUCUGACAUGCUGUUUCGUCUGCUUUCCAUGUGCUUGUAGCCAUCCGCUACUGAGAGGGCACGCGUACUUCCUGUUUUUUCCCCUCCCUUCUUGGCCUGACAGUAGCUGUUGGCUAGUAUAGUUUACAUAGAGAUGAAAUGGUGAAAUGUUGAUGGUACAUGAGUAUUUUGAAAAGCUGUAAUAAACCUAGGAAAGAACGUUUCUGUUACAGAGCUAAGCAUUCAAAUUAUUUGAGUUUGUAGUUGUAUUGCCUUCCCCCUGUAUUUAGGUCAUAGUCCUGAUUUUUUGUAUAGGUAUUCUUCUAUACAGUAAAAAAAAAACCUUCACCAAAGCAGUAGAAUCACAACCAGUUCUGCUGCUGAAAUUAAGAAAACAAGACUCUUGUCUGCUAGAAUUAGUACUCAUGAAACUAGCUGAAAAAUGCUGACACUUUAGAAAUGAUGAAAUGUUUAAUUGAAACUUGUGUGUGUCAACGCUAGUUUUGUUAGAUUUCUUGUAUCAAAUUUCAUUUGAAAGUUCAUUGUUAUGCUAUUUUUGGAAGAAAUCAGAAUAAUAAAAAGAGGGGAAAUCCA